AUGGGGUCGAGCAGCAGCUGCUGCUGUGACAAGAAGCAGGAUGACAACUUACCCAUGGAGAUGGUCAGGGCCCAGCCGAUGGAAGCUCUCAAAUGUGAAGGUGAACUGCCUCCCAAAGAGGAUGUGGUGAUCGAUACGAGCGUUGCAAACUACAUCAGGAAGAGCUAUUUGGAAGCCAUGAAGAUUCUCCAGGUGGACAACAGCAUCGCCCGUGGCAUCUCUGUGGGCUCCAGCUUGGGUGCCGGCGGCCGCCUCUGGCAGACGUCGCCGGUCGACAUGGACGAGGACUCUCGGUCCAGGCUGUGGGACAAAUCAAAGCCCGUCGAGCGCUUCGACGUGUUUUUCUCACACUCCUGGAGGACGCCUGGCAAAUGGAAGGUCUUGUCCUUGCUGUUCCAGUACGGCUGGCCUUUUGUCAUGGUCUGCUGGGCCUGCGUGGCAGGGCUGGUCUUUGUCCUCGGGGCAUUUGGCUUGCUUUCGACGCCACUGAUCUUCAACGCGGAUGUCCUCGACUUCAAAAAAGCCUGCCCGUUUGCCCCGUGGGUCUACUUGUCCGGCAUCUUCACUGUUCUGAUCUCACUCUUACUGUCACCGUACUGGCUCUAUCUGCGUCGUUCCCCGAACUGCUUUCUCGAUGUGGUCAGCAUCAACCAGAGCGACCCGGACCUGAUGGAGCGGGGCAUUUACGGGCUCGGUGGAUUUUUGAGCAUAUCGAACGAGCUGCGUGUUUUGUGGUCGCCACCAUAUUUGUCUCGUCUCUGGUGCGUGUUCGAGCUUGCAGCUUAUCGCAAAGCCAACCCGAGUGGUCCGGUCUGCGUAAAGCCGCUCUUCGUCGAGCGCCAGGCCUGCCUGCUGAUGCUGGGCAGCUAUGCGGGCGCUGGCAUUUUCUGUGUUGUAUUUGCUGUGCGCCUGGGGUUGAGAUUCAGCUUGCCAGUGACCAUGCUGACCGUGACACCCUUGCUGUUCAUCGUGCACGGCAACCGGAUGUUCAUGAGGGAGAAGCACGAGCUCAUUGCGUCGCUCCAGAACUUCGAGGUGGAGGCGGCAGAGUGCCGUCUGCAGUCGGAUAGAGAGUUUGUGCUUUCGGCCAUCGCUGCAUGGUAUGGCAGCGAGGAAGCCUUUACAGAGUACGUCCGCGGCCCACUGCGACAAGAGCUACUUGGGAUGUCGAUGACCAACCUUCCGCUGAGCUACGCGCUCAUCAUCGCCGCUGGACCAUUCGGCAUUGCGCUGGAUGUCGUCUUGGCCUUCAUCCGCGGAGGUGCACCGCUGGAUGCCAUUCUGUCGGAGUUCAUUGGAUCAUGCCUUGGCUGGGCACUCUUCUGGGUGCUGCUCUGCAUCAAGGUCAUGUGGUGGCUUUGUGACCGCUACGCAGCAGCUCGCUCCUCGAAGACGGCAGACUACCUCACGAGCCUGGGGAUCUUCAUGGUGUUCUUCGUGUUCUUCUUCGCUGGCGCCGUGAUUUCGGACAUCCUCUACACCACAUCAUUGUGGGGUGGGGUGGGCUUUUCUGUUGUGACAUUAUUCCUCGUCGUCCUGGCAUAUGGCAAGUUGCCAUGUCGGGUCAGGCCGUGA